AUGAUGGCACCUACCACAUUCCCCCUCAGGGAGGUUCUCGCCGUCGCCGAAAUCCACCCCUUCUAUAACUCUGCCGUCGAAUACCCUCCCACUCCAGAAUCGAUCAAGUCAGCAAUAGAAUUGACUGGCAAACAGUCGACAGACAUUGACCUUAGUUCACUGCCCUUGGUUAGCAAGAAAGAUCUUUACAAAGCCAUUGCACGUCUGACAGACGACACAAGCCCUAAAAAUGAAUACAGACGUAGUUCUUACGUUAGCAUCACAGGCGGAGGCUCUGGUGGACUGCCACUGAUGUUCGUAACUGACACCAAAGAAAAUCGCAACCAGCGCGCGGUUUUUGGUGAAUUCCUGAGCACCUGUGGAGUUGUGGGGCCUCAGGAUUGGGUCCUGACGACUCACGUCUCCGGGUACUUUUACCGGUCUCUCGAUCUGAUAAGUGAGCUUCUGGAAAAUGCGGGAGCAACUGUUCUCAGCGCUGGAAAUUAUAUGACACCUGCCGAGGUUGUCUAUGCUUUGGCCCAUUAUCACAUUAAUGUCAUUACCGGUGACGGCAGUCAGGUCGUCCAAAUUGUGCACCAUAUCUCUACACUCCCGGCCGAGGAGAGAGCGAAAAUCAAAUUAACCAAGGUCUUGUAUACAUCUGAGCCGCUCACCGAGUCUCAACGAAGCCACAUCACAGCGACUUUAGGUCCGGUGAAGAUAUGCUCAAUCUGGGGAAGCGCAGAAGCAGGCCCCUGCGCUCUCAGUGAUCCCGAGCUUACCUCGGCCGAGCGCCCGCCUGGUACCAUGGACUUUAUCUUCGACACCCGACAAGUUGUCAUUGAGAUUCUCCCCCAUUCCGCCACUGAGGGCGAUUCACCUGCUGGCGUAAAAUCCGUGCCGGAUGGCGAGGAGGGGAUCAUCGUGCAGACCUCCCUCCUACGUCGUCGCAAUCCCCUUGUGCGCUAUAUCACAGGCGAUAUUGGAUCAUUGCAGCCGCUGCCAGAGAAAGCCCGUGCUACCAUCCCCGAAUCCGAGCUAGAGCAUCUUCGGGUCCUCCGUCUUCGCGGUCGCGACCGUCGGUUCAGUUUCAAGUGGUUCGGCAUGUAUUUUGAAUUUGAGAACAUUGUCAGCCUUAUGCAAGGCGACAGGACCGGAAUACUUCAAUGGCAGGUCAUUCUAGCCUCCCUUGAAUCAUCUCCGCAGACGAAGCUGGAGAUUCGUCUGCUCCGCCAGGCGGAUAACGAAAACAUCAUGUCCAAGGAAGAGCUUUUGGCCAAGCUAGAGAAGUACUUUUUCAUUUUGGCAGAGAAUGAGCAUCUUUUCCAGGUUACAUUCCUGGAUGACCUGUCGGGCUUUGAGAAGAGCAGUACGGGGAACAAGGUCAUGAAGUUUGUAGAUAAAUUACAUUGA